GGAAAAGAGAGACCCGAAAAAGAGGCGCGCCAUGCGGUUCUGUGUACGCCAUGCUGCUGCAGACAAGAGUUGAUCGAUGCGGUCGUUGUUAACACGAAGCACCGGCGCCUUCGGGCGGAGAGGGCGACAGGACAAUGCAGGAGCAGCCGCCAGCAGCCAUUCCGUGGCCUCGUGUAGCAGCGCCGACAGCUGGGUGCGGUUCAUCUGCCGACUGGUCGAUGAGCGCCAUAGCGACAUCCAGGCGGAAGAUGGGCUGGAUGUCGGCUACCAUAGCGGGUGGGAGAGGGCUUCUCGGCGACUGGAGAGGCUGGCGGCGCUGCCCUUAGAUGAUGGUGGGCAGAAAGGCGAAUAGAAAUGAAAGUCUUGCUCGCAUCUCUGUGUGUGCGCUGUGUGUGUGGGUCAAUCAGUUGUGGAGCUGUUUCGGGAAAUAGGCGGGCAUCCCUCGAUUAGCGAUGGUGCCGCCGAAAUGGUCAUCGAGUGGUUUGGCAGGUGGCUAGAGCAGACGCGGCUGGUGCACAUGUACGCCACAGCCGACGAGCGAGCAAGAGAACAGCCACUGCCGGGGCAGCCACAAAGUCAGUCAGUGAGAACCACACAGCAGCUGAGAAACCUUCUUUUCACUCCCCCCCUGUUGAUCCAUCCACGCAUCCUUCCCUCGUCUGUCUGUCUGUUGUGUGGUCAGUUCCUCACUCAUUAGUGCUUGCGGCGGCGCGUGGUUUCUUCUCUCCCACCCGGCUGCUCCUCUUGGCGCUUCUUCGGGCCAUCUACUUGUCAUCGGCCCACCCGCCAGGCUUCUUCACCCCCGAGCCAUUCGACAUGGAGUUGCCAAGGUCGGAAGGGCCAUCAGAUGAGUUGAAUCCCCCGCGCACUCACGACGGCAGACGUGACCCCAAGCGGCCGCCAUCGCCCCCCUCUCCCCUUCCACCCUCCUCCCCGCCGACCAAGGGCGGCGCCGCCAGUGAGCCGUCAGUGCCCUACCGCCCCUCUCAGUUCAUCAGAUGGCUGCUAAGCAUAGCGGAGGAACAGGCGCUCGUUGUCGACUACCGGCCGCAACCGAGAGAAAAGGAGAGGGGCCCGACUCGGAAUCCGGGGCCGCCACCACCAGCAGCAGCAGCAGCAGCGGCGGCGGCUGCAGGGGCAGCUAGCGAGUCGGCCGGGUCUGUGUGUCGGCAUAUGGGGGCCCUGGACCUGGGCGACGACUCGCGAUCGUCGAGCGGACGGGGCCUGGCCGUCUGCUAUGCGUUGAGAUGUCUGAGCGAGCCGGGUAUGGCGAUAGCGACACUGCCCUCCCUCUCCUCGCUCAUCGCAUCAGCCGCAUUCAGCUCAUCGGCCAUGAGCGACACCCUCCCCACAUCGCCCCUCCCUCCCCCAUCCAGGCGGCCGUCGCGGCUCCACACCGCACGCUCAGCGCCGCCUACCCGCCCUGACAAGGCCAGCACUGCUGGUGAGGACUGCCCGAUGCUUCAGGCACAAGAGAAGCAGCCCCAAGACCUGCCGCCACGCAAGAGUGCCGGCGUGGCGCGGGCGGCGGCCGGGAGCGGUGCCCUGCCCCCCAUUCCCCCCCUCCCCCCUUUUGCAGCACUCCAGGCAGAGGACGGUCCCGAUCUCGGCGACCCCUGCGUGUCACCCGAGCGACGUGAUCGACGGCCAGGUCGCGACGAGAGCCUCGGACGGUCGUCGCUGCCGCGAGAGGGGCCGGUGAAGCCGCUGAUGCUGCUCAUGGGUCUCCUCAUGCAGUGGCUUGAGUCGGAGAGCGAGGACAUCGAGAUCACCGGCAGGGGGCAGGCCAGAUGGCUCCGCGACAAGGGCAAGAAGGGCGGCGGCGGCGGCUCGGAUGCGUCCCCGCAGCAGAUCAUGGCCCUGUGCAGCGCCAUGGCGUCAUCGUCAAGCUGCAGCGACGGACGGCGGGUCCUCCACGACGCGCAGCAGAUGCUCUCGGCCACUGCCCAGCGAUACGCCCAAUACGAAGACGACGAACAGGAGCUCUCCCACGGCAAGAAGAAGAGCAGGGCGGCAAAGCACAAGGCGGCCUCGUCCGGCAGCCCAGAGCCGCGGCCAAGGGGAGCCCAUCUCGCCGACGAUGCCCGCACGGGAGGCGUCUCGGUGUCGCAGCUUGGGCAGACGGCAAAGCAGCUGAGGCGGGCUCGAUACGCUGGCUGCGGGGUGGUUGUCGGCAGGAAGGGCGGCAAGGGCGGCGGGGGGGACGGCUACUACGCGCCGCCGGAGGAGAGCGAGGCCCUGUGGGUGGCGGUCGCCACGUGCCUGGCCAGACUGGUCCGGAUGGCACUCAGGUGAGAGAGAGCGAUGGACGACGCACAACGCAACACGAUCGUCCUUCGUGUACACCCCUGCCUGCUGUGCGUGUGUGUGUGUCCUUGUCAGCCGUCGUGCUUCGUCUGCCGACAGUCGCCUUGAGCGUCACGUGCUGCCGUGUCUAGAGGUGUUGUGCACCAUGCUGCUAUCGCGCGAGGACCUGCCCGUGGCCGCCGUGAGGGCCUUCGUCGACAGGCUGGCGGAGGGGGCAUCAAUCGCACUGAGGCUGGGAGAGGUGAGCCACACAACGAAUCUUGACAGACGGAUGUGAGAAUUGAUGUGGCGUGAUUGAUGUUCUGUGUGUGUCGGGUCGUGUCGUGUCUGUCAUCCAUCAGAGUGUACCGUCGCUUCGUCGCUGGCCGGCACUGGAGGUCCUGCUCGACAAGCAACGUUCCCAUGUCCUCACACGAUGUUUCAGGGUACGCACCACAUCACAUCACAUCACACCGCUGCCCACCCCACACACGUCAUGCAUGCCUCUGUCUUUCUUUCUGUGGUCGUCCUUCAGACUUGGUGUGACGUGCAGUUCUCCCUCUCACAGAUUUCCCACCCCAGCCGCUCCUCCCACGAGGCCCGUGGGUUCGUCCACGACGUUGCACAAGACUUCCUCGCGCCACACAUGGCUGCCGUGCUGCGGCCGGCAAGGAGGCGGGAUGGCGACCAACCACACCCAGCAUCGCAGUCAACGGUCCCCGAAGAGGCCCCGGACGCCGUGGCGCUGUUCCUCAACACCUCGUGCCGCCCGCCGCUCGUCAACCCUCAAUCGGAGCCCUCUGAGGGCCUCCCGUCUGAGCCCUCCCGGUGCUGCUGGACCUGCCUCGUGUGGACGCAAGCCGUCCUCAAGCUGCGAAUGGCGAUCUCCUUCUCUGCUGAUACGCAGCCCGGUCUUCCGCGCGGCGCGGGGCAAUCGAGAGCGCCUCACGACGACCCGAUGUCCAUUCGGCUGACUGACUGCGACAUUCGGUUCCAUCAGCAGCGGUCAGCGCGACAUUGUCACGUGUCGACACGCGAGACGGCCGAGGUUCCCACGGAGCUCGCGUGGCACACCUUGGGCGAGCUCUACAAGCUGUUGCACGAGGUGGCGCCCCACUCUCUCUCCCCCCUGCCGUCGACGUGGCGCCGCAGGCUGCCUCUGCCACAAGGGCAUGGGCCGUUCUGUGCCGAGCUAGCCCGUGCCCUGGGCGAGGUGCAGAGGCGGCGCAUGGCUGCUGAGAUGGAGCUGAUGGCCAUCGCCAUCCAGUGCCUGGCGACCAUCCACGGCGGCCGCGUGACCAUUGACCCUCCCACCAGCCCCCUCUCCCCCCCUCUUGGUCCCAGCGACGCAGCGCAGACAGCGUCCAUCAGGGUGUCCCUGCCCGCGACCCCUCCCCUCACCGUCGGCUGCCUACCGUCCAGCGGCUAUGUGGACCACGUCGCGCGUCCCUCCCGGGCCAAGGCGGCACGGCGGGGUGCGUGGGCGAGCAAGUUGGCGCAGGUCAAGAGGGAGGAGGGUUUCUCUGAAGAACGGCUCGAUCGCAUGAUUGCCCGGCUGUGGCGGGAGGCGCCUGACGCGUGCACGGCGCUGAGAGAUACCGAGGCGGCUGAUGGCGUGGAGGUGUAUGAGGGGCUGGAGGGGGGCGGGGGGCUGAAAACAAUCGUGGGGCUGCUGUUCGCCGAGAUGGCCACCGAUGAGGCGCUGCUGCAGGAACUCAGAGACCCUCACAGACUCGUUUACAGGUCAGUUAGGGACAGGACACUCGAGUCGAUGCACCGAUACUUCUGUCGAUCCUCACUCUGCAGAACGCUUCUCGUUCGUUGCCUGGCGAGCCUUCUGGCGAGCGGUGCUGUGGAUGAGGGCAGUAUGUGUGACGCCAUGCCCCAGGUGCCCCGCCAGACGUCGGACCACGACGGUGACGAGACCAUGGAUGAGGACGGAGGCGGCCAGAGAUUCAGACACGGCCUGAUGGGCCUGGCGCAAUUCAUCUCUAGGUCAGACUACCCGCAUCACGCGACCGAACUAACUGACUAACUAACUGAUCUCAUGGCCUUGCCCGUGUUGUGCUUCGACAGGGUGCAGAAGCUCCUGCUGUUCCGCCUCCAGUGCUGGGUCUUCGACAGGUCUGUCGUCCGCCACUACAGCACACAUGAGGAUGAAGACGACGACAACGCCACCAUACCCGAAGACCCAGAGGACUCGCAACCAAACCACCGCCCACCACCCACAGCCCCAUCCCCCUUCCCCAGCCCCACUCCUCCCGUCCCAUCAUCAUCCCUUCUCGCCCGCGACACUGACGGCAGCAGGCCAGCUGACCAGCACAAUGAAGACCCCUACGCGCGAGAAGGCCCCUUCACGGCCAAGCUGGACUCGGCGAGCCCUGCCAUCCGGGAGGCGGGCGGGCUUACAGCGGCUAUCUGCAUCAACAGCCUCCUGUCGCUCAUCGAACGGCUGAUGCCGCUGUGCAACGAGGGUGUGAGGGCCCACUGCAACACGUUCCUCAAGGACGUGCUCAAGGGAUGCCUCCCCGUCCGCUCGGCCGCCUCCGACUGCCGCCGCAUGUACCGCACCAUGCAGGCCAGGCGGUCGUCUGGCGGGCCGCCCAGGGCCCUCCCCAUCAGCACCAGCAGCCCCUCUCUGCUGCUGGGCGGAGGGUUGGAGGGGAUGCCCCCCACCAAUGACAGGGAGAGCGACACGCUCAUCAACCUCGUCGACGACUCCUCCGAGAGCCUCCCGGCCGACCACCAGCCAUUCGCCAGGAAGAGCGCCCCGAAUGCCAAGAAGCGGGCGAGGAGCCAGGCGUCCCGUGACGACGGUGGCGGUGGCGAUGGUGAUGCGGACGGCGAGGAGGUGGACGAGCAGAGGAGAGGGGAAAGACGGCUGCUCAGCUUCGGCUUUGCGGCGGUGGGCGAUGGGUCGAUUGAGCUGGAGUGUGCGCCCGUGUCGGUCAAGACGGGCAACGCGUGGCUGGAGGAGGGCUUCGAGGCGGUGCUGCGGGACAUCGUGGCGGUGUGUCUGCGGCACCAGCCAGUCAGGGAGCUGCCGGAGACACUCGGAUAUGUCAUCUCACACGCGGCGCUCUGGUACGUGUAGGAACGACCGACAAGCGGGCGACACAAGCGACACACCUGCUGUGGCUGUCUCCCUUUUUCUUCGGUGCUGUGUCCACAGGACGGGCCGGUCUGCGGUUCUUCACCGUGGCGUGCAGCUGGAGGUGUUGGAGUUCGUCAGUGCUGUCCUGCUGCAGCAGCACAUAUUCAGGUCAGCUGAACACACAGACACGCUCAAAUGCAGAUGCAUCCAUGCCACUCUCAUGUGUCGCGUCCGUGUGUGUUCCCAUCCCAACAGCCGCGUGCACACCCUCGACGCCCACGGCCGCCCCCUCCUGUCUAGCCUCUGCCUGGCAUUCGUCGCCAAGCAGUCCGGCCCCGACAUCGACCCGGCACACCUCUUCUCACUCAGACAACAGAGGAACAACAACAACAGCAGUCGACCGUCACGGUCAGCCACAUCGCAUCAACCCGACAGCAGAGGGAGAGGGAGGGAGAGAGAGCCGCGCACCACGGGAGAGGCUUCCCAGGCCGCCGAGUCGCUCGACAUGGACAUCUUCAAGAGCGCUGGGGAGCUGCUGCAGGGCGUGGCGCAGAUGACCUGCUACGUGGGGGCUCUCUACCUCCGAGCCGACUGCCCCGUCCCGUCACGCCAGCGGUCCAUCGGCGACGGCUGGCGGCGCCCUGACGGGACCACGGCCAAGCACGUGCGGCAGCGGUGGGUCAAGGCGGCCCAUCUGCUGGCGCGGAGAGCUCUCAAGGCCUUCCCUGACUCGGGCGACGGGCUGACCCCUGCGGAGCUCCACACCCACCAGAUGCUGCGCCGGGCCGCCAACCAGCUGGAGGACUGUCUCAAGACCCUGGCGCCCCAUCCCCCACUCCCUCCCCCCGCCCCCCCUCCCCCUCCUCCUCCCCCACUUGUGCGCGAUAGGGAGCCACGGGCGGACUCCCCAAGCCGUACCCUCUCUGACACACCCACGGGCACAGCGUUCUUCUCUGACCUCGACAACCACCCGAGAAGGGAGAGGGGGGAAAGGCCACAGGCGCCAGACGACGGUCCUGACGGGGACGAGGCCAUGGCCCCAGCAGCCGCAGCCCCAGACGGCCACCCCGACAGCGAUCCGAGGGAGAUGAGGCGGGAGAGACGAGCGGCUGGCAUCCCUGCGCCGAUCCCCGAUGACCCUCCAGAGUCCCCAGACAGACGGAUGAGAGGCAGGAGUGCGCACGAGGACGGAUCGGUCUCACCGCCUCCCUCGUCUGUUGCGCGCCCCGCCCGCAGCGAAGGCGCCGCUGACAGAGGGCGGAAGAGCAGCAGAGGCGGCCGAGGGCGGGGCAAGUCCAAGCCAGGCCAAAGGGGCGGGGCGCGGAGAGGGCCCGGCAGGCCGCGUACAAAGAAAGAUGACGACGCUGAUGGGUAUGAGGCGUUGCGUGGAUUUCUUGACUAUGAGGGCAACGAGGAGGGCAUGCUGGCGAGCUCGGGGUCGGACUCGGGAGGGGAGGGGAGGGCCAGGAGGGGAAAGAAGGCGGGGGCGACCGAUCCUGCGAAGGCCGAGGUGAGUCGAGAACCCAACAAGGAUGUCACGCGGACACUCUAGGGAGGUGUAUGUGUGUGGUCAGGAUCCGGUGCGUGUGUUCAAGAAGGCCCGGAUGUCUUCCCACUGGAGCACAUUUAUCGACUCGCUCACAAGAUGACGAGCAGCGGGGAUAGGAAGGAUGAGUUGGUUGCAGUGCAGUGGGAUCAUCAGCGGCCGGCCUGUGGUUAUCAUAUCGGGUGUGGUGUUUGGUUGGUGUAUUUGUUUCUCGACAGACACGUGAUGAUGCAUGUAUUACUGGAUGUGUGGACGUACAACGAUGCCUGACGCGGACCACCUGAUUGUGUGUACGCUAAGCCUAUAUUUGUGC